AUGAAGUUUCUUACUACUGUCAUCGGCCUCGCCUCUGCUGCGAACGCCCACACCCUCUUCACCACUCUCUUCAUUGAUGGCGAGAACCAGGGCGAUGGUACCUGCGUUCGUCAGCCAAAGGAUGCUUCCACCGCCAACAGCCCUAUCUACCCUAUUGACGGAGCUGCCAUGGCUUGCGGUAGGGAUGGCAGCAAGGCUGUUCAGUACAUCUGCCCUGCCCCUGGCGGUGCUCAACUGACUUUCCAAUUCCGCGAAUCCCCGAGCGGCCACAAGAAGGGUGCCAUUGCCAAAGGCCACCGAGGCCCUUGCUCUGUCUACAUGAAGAAGGUCGAUGACAUGUUCUCGGACUCGGCUGCUGGCGACGGUUGGUUCAAAGUUUUCGAAGAUGGUUACAGCGUCAAGGACGACAAGUGGUGUGUCGACCGCCUCAACGAAAACAAGGGACUUCUGUCUGUCAACCUCCCUACCGGUCUUCCCUCCGGAUACUACCUGGUCCGCCCUGAGAUCCUCGCUCUGCACAGUGCUCCCGAGGGCGACCCUCAGUUCUACCAGAGCUGUGCCCAGAUCUUCAUCGAGAACGGUCCUGAAGGCCCUCUUGAGAUUCCUGAAAAAUACGAGACCAGCAUCCCUGGCUAUGUCACCAAGAAAGACCCUGCCGUGACCUUCAACAUCUACGACAAGCAUGGCGAAUACCCUAUUCACGGACCUGAUGUCUGGAACCCUACCUCCAAGGAGACUGGCACCAAGAAGGCCCAGAAGGAUGGUCUCGUUCCCAAGACCUGUUUAGCCAAGAACGCCAACUGGUGCGGCAAGCCCCUUGCCAAAUACUCCGACCAAGACGGCUGCUGGGCUGCGGCCAAGAAGUGCUGGGAUGAAGUUGGCGACUGCUGGGACAAUGCUCCUCCCACCGGCGGUUACGGUUGCGAUACCUGGAACGACUACUGCCAGGAGAUCAACGACGCCUGCAAGGCGAAGGACUUCCAGGGGCCUCCUGCUUUUACCGGCAAGGAACACUAUGUUGACACGCCUGGCCCUAUCCCUGCUUCUUACGGAAAAUUCAAGGCUAUUGCCAUUGGCGUGACCAAGGAGAUCAAGAACUCCAACUCGAACCCCAAGCCUGUUGAAGUCGACUACGAAUCCCCAAGCUACGAAGUCCCCAGCAAGACUACCAAGGCCGUCAAGGCUCCUGCUGCUACAACCGAGGCCUCGCUUCCUGCAUCCAACACCCAGUCUACCCAAGAGACCGCGACUCGCACGUGGGACGAGGACGAGAAGAACACCUUGUUCAGCGAUACUCCUGUUAUUGCUCCUCCUCUGCCCGCUGUGACCUUCCCCGUGAAGGUAUCUGAAGACGGUCUCUGCGGUGGCGAGAAUGGCCAGACCUGCGAGGGUAGCAGAUUUGGUGACUGUUGCUCUCGCGAGGGCAAGUGUGGUCGCAAGACUAAGCAGUGUGGGUGCGGUUGCCAGAAGGUUUUCGGUCUCUGCAACGAGAAGUAA